AUGACUUGGGUGUGUACGGCAUUGUUGGUGUUCCUUCUUGUCUCUCUUUGCCAAUUCAUGGAUAGCCUGGCACAACCAGUUCCUGGUCCUGACAAUUUUAUAUAUUUGAACUUCACUUGUCUUGCAUUCUAUGCCCGAAAAAUCCAUUUAUUCAUCAAUGAGGAUACACCCACAAAUUACACUAUGCAACCAAAAAACCCAGUUGGAUUUUGUGGUGAUAAUAAAACAGCAUCGCUAUCAUUUAUCGCAGACGUUGGUUCUCCCACCGUGUCAUCUUUGAAUAUCUCAUUUGGUUUUCUCUCGGACGGUUAUCGUUAUUGGUCUCUAAGUACUUCGACCGUUCAGUUUAACAACAAAAUCUACAGCCUUUCAAUGAAGUGGUCAUAUUCGCCGAUUUCAAUGGGCUUCAAAUGUUCUGACAUGGGUCGCGUUGCCGCUGUAAAUUCCACCCCCAGCGUUGAGUUCUCUUUCUUGGGACUACAGGUGCAACCAUUUGGAAUCACUAACGGCGUCUUCACUGAAGCCAACGACUGCGUUGGAUUCUUCACCACUGAAAUCUUCUCCAACCUCUUUGUCAUAUUUCUUCUUCUCGGCAUCUUCACAUACGGAUUAGUCAUGAUAAUGGGCAUACAGACAAACGAUUCUUUUGACGAUCCAAAGCACAAAAUGAUGCAAAUCGAACUCACCCACAAAGCGACGACAAAGAGAAGUUGGUUUGAUGACUGGGAAGACGUUAGAUCCCAAUUCCAGAUUAGCAGCUUCACGGGGCCGCUAUUCAGCAUUCGAGCCUCCUUGCUGCCUUGUUCCUGA